AUGACUCAUAGCAGUAUUUUGAAUUUUAUUGAUCAUCUUGACAAUCAGGCAGUCAAGAUAACAGAGAUAGGCUCAAACAUUUCUCCCUUUAUCUCCCUUUCUACAUACACAACAUUGAUAGAAAUGCCUAGUCAACAGCAAAACACUAGAGCAACCAGAAGCGGAAGACCAAUUGAUUCACAAUCCAACCCAAUUGAGAUCCCACCGCCUUCAUCAUCUGAGGCAGGACAAGAUCUUCCGACCAACAACAACUUGGAAGGAACUGAUAAUCCAGAAGAUGAAGAAAGAAACAACAAUGCUCUAGACGGAGAAGCUUUAGACGAACAACUUCGAGACGAUGUAGCGAUAAUGAUGGAGAACUAUCAAGAAGACGGAGUAGAAGAUCCAAACAUAUCAGCUCAGAAGACGAAGAUUCCUCAGAAACCCCGUCCUCAGACGAUUCGGAAGAAUUGUCCUCCGACUCAUCAGAAGAUAGCGAUUCUCAAUCAUCAUCCAAAGAAUCAACAUCAUCUGAGAGUGAUUCAGACUCAUCCAAACGAGAAAACAAGUCAAAAAAGAUCCGGACUUCCUUGUAAAUCACUCCUACCAACUUUACAAACGUAUUGGAACGAAGCAAUGUUAAAGUUAAACGAGAAGGUCCCUUUAAUCGUCUUGAACCUUUCCUUCAUACAGCAAGAUCAAGAUGAACGUCAUAAGAAUCAACCAUCAUCUUCUUCGAAAUCUUCUAGAAACAGAGGAUUGAACCCUCCGUCCGAAUACACAAUGUCCUUCGGUGAAUGGAUCAAUGGUAUUUCUCUCCUGAGGAAAUAUUUGAAAGAAACGUACAAAUUUGGUAUACUGGCAAAACAGUUAAAGAGUCACAUAAAACAUGUGAAGAAUAUAAAAGAAUCAACUGAAUGCUGGAUGCUUUUUACUCAUCGGGCAAAAGGCGUCCCAAAGCCAGACGCAAGCCUAUAUGUAGAAAACUACAAAAAAAGAGCAAAGGAAAGAGCUUCAAAAACUGGAGAACUGUCUGUUGGGAACACCAACCCUUACGCAAAAGGGGGACGUUACAAAAAUAGGAACCUGAUUACCGGCUCUUGGAAUGAGAAAACUUUAAGAUCAAAAAGAUUAACAAAGAAACGUUUUAGAGGAAUCACACCAAACAGUAAAAAGAGACGAAACAACACCUCGAACAACCUCCUUCCUUCACAUCAAAGAAGAGCAGCACGACCUCCAAGAACAACUUUCACACAUGAAAGAACUGAUCAACCUCAAAAACAGAAUGAUGUCAGAGAAAGCGAGGUUAGAAACCAGAAUUUUAAUCAUGGAGCUAACGGAGCAGGGGGUAGAGGAAGUAAUCGUCAAGGUAGAGGUGGGAUAGUCACUAGAGGCAGAUCUCGCCAACAGUGA